GAAGAGAUGUCUCAGGUUCUGGACGCCAUGUUUGAAAAACUCUGCACAGAAGGCGAGCACAUCAUUGACCAAGAUGAUGACGGGGAUAACUUCUAUGUCAUUCAAAGCGGGACGUUCAACAUUUUCGUGAAGGUCGACGGCAUGGAGAAGCUGGUGGGCUGCUAUGACAACAAAGGCAGCUUCGGAGAACUGGCUCUAAUGUACAACACCCCGAGAGCAGCCACAAUAAUUGCAACCUCGCCUGGAGCCCUUUGGUGCCUGGAUCGUCUGACAUUCAGGAGGAUCAUAGUGAAGAACAACGCCAAGAAGAGGAAGAUGUACGAAGCCUUUAUUGAAACUCUACCACUGCUUACAUCCUUAGAAGUGUCCGAGAGAAUGAAGGUGGUAGAUGUGCUAACCACUAGGGUGUAUGGGGAUUCACAGCAGAUUAUUGCUCAGGGUGAUUUAGCAGAUUGCUUCUACAUCGUUGAGAGUGGCCAAGUUAGAAUCACCAUGAAGAGAAGCCGGACAAAAAAAGACCAGGAGGAAGAGGAGGUGGAUAUCGCCAUGUGCACAAGGGGCCAGUAUUUUGGAGAGUUGGCUCUUGUCACAAACAAGCCCAGAGCUGCAUCCGCCUAUGCUGUGGGGAGUGUCAAAUGCUUGGUCAUGGAUGUUAAAGCCUUUGAGAGACUGCUCGGCCCAUGCAUGGACAUCAUGAAGAGAAACAUCGCUAACUACGAGGAGCAGCUGGUCACCUUGUUUGGAAGUAGCCCUGAGAUUGAGCAACAAAGCGCAUGAGGUGACCGCAAUGGACCAUAGAGGAGUUGAUAGACAAAAAGAAAAUAAAAAAAGAAGAAAAAGUCUUAUGUGGAUGUUUUCCACAUCACUACUUAAAACAGCUUUUGUAAAAGAAAAAAAAAGACAUAAAUGUAAAUAUCCACCACACUACAUUUGAGUGUCAGGUAAACACAACGUGAUACAACGCCUGAUGAACAAUCGUCACAACCGCAGUGAGCCAAAGCAGAGUUGCUUACAGCUUGUUUAACUCCAUUUCUCAUGACUUCCACAUGAAAAAAAGAAAAAAAAUAUGUGCACAUUUUACUUGUCAGUGUCAGGUGCUUUGUUUGUUCGCAAAUGGAACUCUUCGUUCAACUUUCACUUUUAUUCAAAAAAUCUUACAGCGACACAAACAGUAUAACUUUGUUUGUAAAUUUCUAAACCUUAUGUGUUCUAAACCAGGUGCCAAAGCCAAUUCCUAUUGGGGAUAAUUGGGAGCAAAUAUUUCCCACAUUCUCCCAUUAUUAUAGGAGGUGCAGUGGAACAUGAGCCCAAACGCGACAAAAAGCAGAUUAACUAUCCUCACAAGAACAUCGUUGGCAUUGUGAUCACAGCAGAAUGUAGUUAUACAAAAAAAAUGCAUCUCUGUUUAUCAUGUGACCAUAAACACAGAACGUUAUUGUUGGUCAGUGUUUGAGGCGUUUUGCCCUGUCCUCUGCUUUUGCAGCAAAGCAAACUUCAGAGUAAGCUGAUAGUUUUUUAAGAGUUAUAAAACACAUUACUGUACAAUUUUAAAUCUAUUUACUGUUCCACUUUUUAAAAAAGCCCCCUUCUUAACCAUAUUCAUUAUAGGCAAUGCAUUGAUUUUGCUAUUUUAUUGUAAAAAAACAUUUUUGUGUAGGUGAAAUAUACCUUAUUGAGACAUAUUAUUGCUGUCUACCUCUGCCAAAUCAUACAAACCUUCGCUGAACUGAAAUCCAAUGUGAUUCUUUUUUCUUCUAUUGUUUAUGUAACUGAAAGUCUUAUGUAGUUCUGUCUGCAAAUGUUUUCUUACAUAAAAAUGCUGAAUUCUCACCAUCACAUUCUGGUAGCAAAUUCUGAGUUUUGAUGGAAAAACUUAAAGUGUCUAGCAGAAAAUGGUUUCACUUUUCAUGUCAAUAAAGACCUUUUUUUAAAUUC